ACAACACCCGCCACUACUCAGUAUAGUUCAAUACAGCUAUCCAAAAGGAUAAUUCCGGAACGAGAAGAAGCGGAUUGCUACUAACUCGGACUUUUGGCACUAUUGCCUUUUACGCAUCUUCCUUAUUUUCCCUUGGAUCAUACAAAGACUAGACACUGCACAAACAUGCCUGUGUCCAGAAUGAGGAUGAGGCCAUGGCUGGAGAAGAUGAUCGAUUCAAACAGCAUCAAUGGUCUGGCUUGGGUGGAUAAGGAGAAGACAAUGUUCUCAAUCCCCUGGAAGCAUGCUGCUCGGCAUGGUUGGGAGCUCGACAAAGAUGCAUGUCUGUUCAAAGAAUGGGCCAUCCACACAGGAAAAUACACGACUGGCCAGGUUUGCGAUCCUAAAACAUGGAAAGCCAACUUCAGAUGUGCAAUGAACUCCCUGCCUGACAUUGAGGAGGUUAAAGACAAGAGCAUUAACAAAGGCCACCAAGCCAUGCGGGUCUUCAGAAUGCUGCCUGCUGUUUCAAAAAGUAGAGACAAAAGAAGCAAGUCGAGCAGUGCCAAGCUGCGGAGGAAGAGACAACCAGUCAAGGAAGAGGAGGAGUCAGACUACAGUGAAACUCAAUCUCCCAUGAACACGUGUCCGCCAGAGGAAGCCAUGUCCACCCAGGAAAACACAGUAGACAGCACAGUAAACAUGGACAGUUUAGGGUUUGACCUGAGCGGUGAAGUUCCAGAGUUGUCUCACUUAGUUGAGAUUGAGACAGAUCCUUUGCAGUUCAACUUUCCCCACAGAUUUGAGGUUUCUCCUGAACAUAGCCCUGGACACAGCUACACUCCAGAACUUGUCGAGUUACUGAAGUCAUUGGAUAAAGACACACACUGGACGUACAGUACAGGCACUGAGGGAUUCCUUCACAAUGAAGCAUGCACCAGUCCAGAGAGCGAGUGGAGUGAAUCUUCCUCAGUCGGAGAGUUAGACGAAACUCCACGGUAUACAACACUGGGUACAGAAAGCCGAAACACCAUGUCUGAAUUCUGGAACAUCUUUCAUCCAGAGAUGUUUGAUGCUAGACUGAUUUGAGAUCGUCAGGAUCGGACAGGAGGACUCUUUAAAGUUUUGGACUGUUUUUAAAAAGCUCUUCCUGCUCACAAGCUCCACCCCUCUACCCUCACCUCCACUCUCUACCGAAGAGCAAAACCCCUACAUUAAGCUAAAAUGCCAGCCAUAUUUGUCAUGUGUCUGCUUGUUCUGGUAGCAUUUGAGACAGUAACCCUCAUCUCCCUCAUCCACCGAUGUGAAAUUAUGAAGAACACUUUUGUGUUACAGAAGCACACUUGCUGUGCUCUUAUGGUUUUGGCUGGUUCCAAGCAAUUUUGGUGUCCUUUGUUGUGUGUGAUUGUUUUACUGUACAGAUUCUGUUCAGAGCCUGCCAGCUCCGAACUAAUUCAUUUUGAGGUACACCUAUUUAAAAAGAAAAAAAAAACAAAACAAAGAUAAAUGGACAGUAAAAAACCUGCUCUA